AUGGAUGACAACCAAGCUGGCAAUCCUGAUACGCCAUCAGGCAAGAGCAAACCUACUACCACUACCCAAGCGUUGUGGUUGAGUUACGCUUACGAGCACGAUCGGAGGAUGACGAUAGACGUUCGAGCAGAUGACGGCGAGACUGAGAGCGCUGUAUUUCACCAGCUCACAAUUUGCGAGGAGUUUACUGAUGGGACUCAGACCUGCCCUUUCGAUUGCUCCAUGGCCGACACGACUGGCCCCUCUCCCAGGAUGACUGCUCCUAGGGUCUUGGCUGAUCAGAGCAUCAAGUUCCCUUCGAAACAUCUCAAAUUUCUUCAAACAGGUGGUAUCUCGGCCAUGGCUAAGCUAUGCUACUUUUGCAACCCCAGAGAAGGUAUCAGUACCGUUUCACUCCUUAUUGCACGCCGGACAAAGGCUACCUUGGCUCAGCCACCCAAUAUCCUCGCCCCCCGAGCCGUUGCUGAUGCUAUCCUGACUCCGCUACAGAGUCGCUUUUCUCCCAGCCCUACCUCCGCCAUUCAACUUUGUCGGCAGGUUCCACGCCUAUCAAACCAGAACGCCUGGCUAACUGACGAUACAGACCGUGCGUCUGAGAAACAACCCACAUCCCCUUCCAAGCAUGUCGGCUACACAUGUCAGGCUGCUGCAGGUGCUGCCACAAUUUUCGAUGUCGCUGGGGAAUGCGCUGAUUAG